UCCUCCAUCUCUCAGCCAGCUGUUUCGCCCGCCAGCUCGCUCGCUCGGUUUGUUCCUCCGCGGUCUACGUACGUCAUUGUUGACAACAAUCAUGGCGUCCUCAAUGUCACUUCUCGGUUUGGGACGUGCAUCUGUGGUCAAUGCAGCGUUUAAAUUGGCCCUGAACCCUAUCAGGUCUGCAAGCACAUCAACAUCAAGGCUGGCCGAGAAACCAGGACAAGACACGCAACUUAUUAUUGUUGAUGAGAAAUUGGACAUCACCAGCUUGACUGGAGCCCCAGAGGAGCACAUCAAAACGCGCACGGUUCACAUCUUUGUGCCGGCCAAAACGGCCAUGCAGUCGGGAGUCAACGGCACCAAGAAGUGGAGCAUGGACUUCGACACCAGGGAGCGCUGGGAGAACCCGCUGAUGGGCUGGGCCUCAACGGCGGAUCCCUUGUCCAACAUGGUGCUCUCCUUCUCCUCCAAGGAAGAUGCUGUCGCUUUCGCCGAGAAAAAUGGUUGGAGCUACGAUGUAACAGAGAAGAGGACCGCGAAGCCCCGGGUGAAGUCUUACGGAGCAAACUUCUCCUGGGACAAGAGGACCAGGAGGUCUGCUAAGUAAACCGAAGACCCCCAUCUGUCAGUUGGUCCCACAGCCGACCCGAGUCACGUUUGUCAAUAAAUUCAUAAUUACGUGUGUGAACCAAA